AUGCAGUUCGAUGAAUACGUCAACGUCUACGUCGCCUGGGGCCAGUCCCACGACUACCGGCACCAACCUCACUGGGCGCUCCUCAUCGCCCCCAUCGGCGGGAUAAAAUGCACAGUGUACCACAUAACCGGCGGCCCGGAAGAAUACACUUUCGACAUGGAAAUCGACAAGACACUAUACGACUCGUGCCUGACAUAUCUGCACAAGAUCGCAUGUAUCCCAGCCGAAAGCCAGAAGCUCGUAUACCGGGCCACGCAAGAUGUCGCCCCCCAGCGAUGCCAUACGUGGGUAGUUGAUGUCCUCGCGGAGCUCGAAUGCCAGGGACUCCUCUGGCCUGGACUGACGGAAUUCUAUAGCCGCUUUGUGUGUCCGUCUGUUUGGGAGAUGGCUACGUGGGACUUUGAGGCCCCGGAUUAUAUGUCUUCGGGGGAUCUGGUUGAACUUGCGGAGAGCGUCAAGGAGCAGGGCUUGAGUGACCUGGAAUUCUGCAGGUGUUUCUUUUAG